AUGUACACUGUAUUAGACCCCACUAAACGCGAAGUCCGCCUCCUCAGACUGCUCGCCGGUAACGAGGCGGACGGUAUCAACUGCGAACUCCACACAACAUCCUUAGACAGCCCCGAUGACUACGAAGCUCUUUCAUAUGUAUGGGGUGACUCGAGCGACACACGCCUCAUUACAGUUCAACAGACGGCCAAAAAUGUCACUAUGAAUCUAGAGGCGGCGCUGCGCCAUCUUCGAUACCCUGACCGAGCACGCAUGCUCUGGGUGGACGUCCUCUGCAUCGAUCAAGAGAAUUUCCAGGAGCGUAAUCAGCAAGUCCGAUGGAUGAGUGACAUUUACUCAAGCGCAACCCAAGUCGUGGUUUGGCUCGGUCCAGCGACUUUGUGGGGGUUCGAGGCUAUGGCGACUAUCCAAAAACAUGCUGCCGACAGCGAGUUGCACUGGCCAGAAGGAAGGGAGGAUCGUGCUGAGUUGUUUCAUAUGUAUCAUUUCCUCAGCAACAAAUGGUGGUCGCGCGUUUGGACGGUCCAAGAGGCUGUUCUUGCAAAACAAGUGACAUACCAGUACGGGCCUCGGCUACUAUCGGAAUCCGAUGUGCUCAAAGCAGCAGAAAGCUACAAGAAUCAUGCAACCAUAAGACGUUGUUGCUAUUCCUGUCUCGAAAGAAACAAAUACGUUACCACUAUCAACGUCAACAUCACGGUUGGAAUGGAAGGGCUGCUAGACUUGAUCAACGUUCGAGCCAGCUUGCAGAGAGAGAAAUUGCGGUUCGAUGAAGUGAUUUCCAAAUUUCGUACUAGAAGAGCAACAGACCCUCGUGACAAAGUCUUUGGGCUGUUGGGAAUAUCGCGAGGCGUCAGAACGGCUUCAAUAGAUUACACCCUCACUGCUGCUCAGGUCUUUGAGUCGACGACGCGGGAGGUCAUGGGCUACUGCGAGAGUCUGGAUGUUAUCAGCCACUGCGCGAACCAGGCGUAUCGAGAAACAACCACUGCCGGGCUCCCCUCUUGGGUUCCAGAUUGGGGGGCUGAAUACCACCCGAACGACGGCCGGGGUGAUUUCUAUCUGACUACCCAUCGUCUUGCUUUUCUGAACAGCUACAAUGCUUGCGGGAAUCUUACCUACACUCCCUUUUCCAACUUCGAAGAGAACAUUCUCUGCUUACAAGGGGUGUUCUGUGAUAGGAUUGAGAGAGUCGGACGCCUUGAAAGAAUUCUCAUGACUGAAACGAGCCCGAGAUACCUAUUCGAGUGGUGGGAGAUGUUGGACAUCGACGGGAACCCCAAUCGGCUAUACCGUGGAGGAGGUACCGUAUCAGACGCAUUUUGGUGCACGAUAUGUCUUGAUGUCGGGAUCGACGGGUUCCUAGAUGACAACGGCUCGAGUGCAAAUCAGGCUGGCUACAAUGAUGAGAGAUUUUUAAUGAGGCACUGGGACAGUGAACUCACCUCUUUCGAUACUCUUCCCCAGCUAGAAAUCUUCCGCAACUCGACAACCAAAGAGGCGUUGAUCCAACAUUUGAUGAGGGCAUCUGGCAGGCGUCAAUUUUUCAUCUCUACCGAGGGUUUCAUUGGGCUGGGCCCGCCCGAUAUCAAGGCCGGAGACAAAAUUUGCGUUUUCGCCGGCGGUAAAAUGCCCUUCAUUGUCCGGGACAUGGACGAUGAGACACAGGUUGGUGGUACGUCCGAGACGGGAACCCAUUUACGCCUGCUGGGUGAUGCGUACGUUCAUGGAUUGAUGUACGGGCAGGCGGUGGCGAGGGUUGAGCUGGGAGUUGAGGAGUUGCAGGUGUUCAAUCUACACUGA